GCACAGAUGGUGCUGCUGGUAACGGUGCUGCCUCCCUCAGCAGACUAGCCACGUCCUGCACACCUGGAUCCAUCCCUGGUCGCUGGAAGAGGGACAGCACUGGCAAUUACACCUGGACGUUCUUCCCCUGUGCGCCGCCAUUGUCGCCUCCCAGCCGUUGGAUCUCGGAUCUACGGCGCAAGGGCAUAGAGGAGAUCAACAUAGUGGGGAACUCGCACCAGAGGGGGCUGGCCAACCACCUGCACUUCAGUGCUGCUCUCGGGGGACACGGGGCCCUUAUUGCCCGAUCCCCGCUUCAACUACACCUUCCGCUCCACCAAUGCACAAGGGAGACGUUCAGAAUCAACUGGUAUUGGGUUGAUGGCAUCUACCGCAACGGGGAGUUUGGCUGCGGGUGA